CACCGUGUCUUUUUCUUGGUGCCUUCCCCACAGCUUCGGCCGGCCACACUGCACGUGCGAUGGCGCCUGCUUCGGGAGAAAGUACUCCGGAUGGGCCGCCGGGCCCCACCAUGGAUGGCGACUACAAGGACCUUUUUGCCGCGGUGGAGUCCUUUUUCGUGGGCGACGCCCUGGCGCAGCAGCCGCGGGUGGUGGUCGAUCUGGACUUGGACGCGAAGGCUGAGCGAUUGACCAAGAUCUUUGAGAUGGUGAAGGAGCUUCCUCGUGGGAAGAUGCUCAAAGAGUUCCCCUUGACCAUGGUGGGCAUUAGCAGUCACGAGGAGGCGUUGGUGACACCCAAGAUCGCCCUUUGUGUGAAGCGAAUCCCCCACAAGGUUCUCUCGGGAGAUCCCACAAAGCCUGCCUCGAUCUUGGCAGCUUUGAGGCACCGCAAAAUCGAUGUGAGCAAAUGCAUUUUCCUCCAGGUGCGUCCGCGGCCCGCUGCCGAGACCGGCGACCGGCUGAGCGCGCCGACCGAGCUCUUUGCGCGGCAAGCGUUGGCGGAGGAGAAGUUACCCUCAGCGACGGCUGCCUUCGCGGCGCUCGUGGGCGGCAUGGAGAUCAGCGCGCAGCUGGCCGAGCGGGCCAUCGGCCUGGUCCUGGUCGAGACGCAGCCGCUGCCGCCAGUGGCACAUGCCAUGGCAGCCGCAAUGGUAGGGCUUUUUCCACCUGAUGUGAAAAAAGCUCAACCCCAGGUCGCCCAGGAGACGGGCGAGGUGACCUUCACGCAGCUGCUGGUGUGGAAGGGAUACAAGGCGCGCUUCGCAGAGUCCACGGACCUGGCUGCCUUGGAACACUUGGAGGAGCUGGCCUGGCGGAAACCCUUACGUGCGCCACGUGAAGGCCUCCUGAAGCGACUCUCGACCUCGCCCACCACCAACUUCGCUUUUGAGGUGCAGGGUCAAGUGGUCGCCGUGCUCUACACACAGCGCAUCGGCACGCCGCAGGAUGUCUUCCGUCAGAAGUUCCAGGAAGUCUUCCUGGGGGCCGAGCCUCAGGGAAGAACCUUGCAACUCAUUGCCAUCAAUGCCCACACUGACCACAGGGGCCUUGGCACUGAGCUGCGGUCCUUUGCGCUGCAUGUGGCACGUUUGGAUCUGACUCUGGACACGGUUUGCGCUGUGACCUUGUGCCAUGACUAUGGCGCCAGCAGCGUGAAGAACUUGCAGCACUACGUGGAUAUGCAUGUGAACGGUCGCGUCAACGACCGCAUUCUCACGUUCCACACCAGCUAUGGGGCCAAGGUGCUAGGCUUAGUCCCCAAUUUCCGCCCUGAGGACACUGACAAUGAGGGCACUGGUGUCCUGAUCCAGUACAAGCCCAAGGAGUGGCUCUACGACCCCAGCAGCCAGCGGCCGGUCUCCUCGGGGAAAUCCUCGCGGAAGAAGCACAAGGAGCCUCAGAUUCCAGCGCUGGACAUUUUGUCAGGGAUCAUGACGGACAUGGGCUACGAGAUCGACAUGGAGAACUUGGACCUGGGCUUUUUCGCCAGCGGCCUCGAUUCCUUCGACAUGGGAGUCAUCCAGAAUAGGUUGGGGCGAGCGCUGGGGAAGACCUUGCCAGCGACAUUGAUGUUGGACCUUCCCACGGUCAAGGAGCUCACGGAGCAAUUGGACAAGGACCGUGGCCUGGGCGCCGGCAGCGACCCCGCGAGUCGUGAAGAGUCCGCGACUGGGUCGGCCUCGGAUGGCUCGGGGGGUGAAGGCGUUUCCUCCCGGAAGCGCUCGCCGCCCGAGCGGACGAAGGGCGAGCGCCGGGCCACCACGGAGCGUGCCAGUGACGACAGCAUCACUGAGUGGGUCCGCAGCUGGCGACAGUACUUAUACGAGAAGACAAAGGUGAAGCGUGCCGAGCAGCGCGCGCGGAGCGGCACUCCACGGGGCCGGCGGUCGCUGAGCGCCGGACGGCGCCGGGAGUCGCCGUGGGAGAAGAUCCAAGCGGAGGAGCUCGGGCGGAUCCAGCGCAAGCUGCAGUGGCUCCUGAAGUUGCCACAGAACCAGCGACGGCUGCAGACAGUGGUGGAGAAGAAACACGAGAGCCAGAUGAGUUUCUUCUGCGAUCUGCGUCCUGUUCUCGACUCCAUCAUCGGUCCGCCGCUCUUGGCCAUGGGCCUUGUCCAGGAUACCAAGCCUCGCAGUCUUCAAGAUGCCCGCGAUGACAUGGAGAGUCAAGCCCAAGCCUUAGGGGGCGAGUGCGCUACGCAGCAGAAGGAGCUGUCAGGUCUGAUGAAGCUGGACCACUUGGAUCUCCUGCCCACCGCGCCCGUCCCAGCCUUCUCCACCCGCGGCCGCAGCGCCUCGCCCGCGCCGCUGCCCGGGGCGCAGAUCGGCAACGGCCUGGGCAGCGAGCGGUCCCGGUGGAUGACGCGGGUGACGUCCGCGCCGCCGCGCUAAGGUGCAGCUGGCCUCCUCUGUUGCGCCCACUCCUCUUCCAACUGCGCAUGUCAUGCACGGAGCGGUCUGGAACCGCUCCGGUGAGAUGCCGAAAUCGGCCAGAAAAAAGGUGGGCAAAGCCUAG